AUGGGGUACCUGAGGGAGAGGUUUGGGGGUGAGGAGGUGAAUGUGGAGCACAAGAAGAAGGAGAACAGGUCUGAGACUGGAUUCCUGACCAACAUGGCCGACUAUCUCGACAGGUAUGAGGGAGAGGAUAUCUACAUGGUGUCACCUUUGACCCCUGCCAUGCAGCGGGAGUGGCUUCUGCCACAGCUCUUGCUCUGUGGAGGAUUCACUCAGAACCUCAUCUUCUCUUAUGCUUGGUUCAGCAAUGGAGGAACAAAGAGCGUGCUGCAUACAGAUGCAUUUGACAAUCUCCACUGCCUGGUGAGUGGAGUGAAGGAGUUUGUGAUGAUCGAGCCCAGCUAUAUCGACAUCGUGGGACCGGAGCACAAGACUCAGGGGCUUCUACAAUAUCGACGUUGACAAGUGAGUCGUUUUCUCCAGACUGGGUGGGCAUCUGCAUGUGCUGAGUUGGCCAGUGUGUACACUGUUUGGAUGGUGUGACAAAGGAGAGAGAGAGAGAGAACUAACUGACUUGUGUUGGCUAGAGUCGACCUGCUGAGUCAUCCUGGUCUGGUCUCUGUUCCAUGGCACCGUGCGGUGGUAUGGCCCGGGGACUGCCUCUUCCUCCCUCACCUCUGGAUACAUCAUGUGACCUCACGUGGCAGGAACCUUGGAGUCAACCUCUGGUUGUCCGCCUUCAUGUAUGACAGUGAAGACUGUUCAGCGGAAGAGGAGCUACCGGACUUUGCUCCUCUCUCUGACUAUCAUCUAGUUCCUGAACUACAGCUAAAACAAGGUCUACUGACCCAUGCUGAUGACAAUGGACUAGUAUAUGCCUCUGAGGUACACCUGGCCCUCUCUAUGAGACAAGGGAUGGAAGAUCUACAGCUGGAGGCUGUAGUACAGAUUUUUGAGUCGCUGAAACCUGGUUGCCAGGGGCAACUGCGGUCAUCUGAAAUCCAUUCGUUACCAGUCGAGAGUUUCGUGUCUGCAUUCCGUUCCUUCAUGUCCACAGUCCAUCCCGAGGAGGAGGAUGAGUGGGGAGAUGAGGGAGGAGAGU